AUGUAUACUUUUCGAUUGAAAGCUGCUGUGCUUAUAAAUUUGCUUACAGUAACAAUUGUCAGAGGAACAAAAUAUGGUUAUAUCACAUGGAAAAAUAAAGCUGUCGUGUCUGUAAGCGAGACUAUCGAAGAUAUACCUGAUGUGCACGUAGCUAAAGCAACAUACAGCAAUGAAAUUAAUUCCACCGGGUGGGCCUUUCUGGAGUUGCAUACAUCACCUGACUCCAGUGAUGAAAAACAAGCUUAUUCUGCUGGUUUCUUAGAGGGAUUCCUCACCAGGGACUUAAUCUGGUUGCAUUGGCAAAAUAUGCUUAAAGGAUACUGCUAUAAUAAAACAGAUGUUUGUGGUCUGAUAGAAGACUAUGUAGACACCAAUGAAAAGUACUUAGCUGACAUGGUCCAUAACAAUGCAGAUGAUGCGUACUGGUAUCAUAUAAAACUUUAUAAGAUCCAACUAGAAGGCUUAGCUGCUGGAUACAACCAGGCUACAGCGGACCCUUAUCAAUGGUUGUCAAUUCGCGAUAUUCUAUGGAUAAACAUGCUUGGUGACUUGGACGAUUUAGCAUUUGCUUUAACAAUGCCUAAAAACACCCCUGAAGGUCUCUUGUUUGGUGAACACUGCAGUGGACUGGUUAAACUGCUUCCCGAUCAUUCAGAACUUUUUACUUCUCAUGUCACGUGGAACAGUUAUCAAUCGAUGCUUCGCUUACAAAAAAUGUAUGUGUUGAACUACCGUACAUCGCCUAACACAGCUAAAGUCAUUCCAGGCAGGAAAAUGGCGUUUACCUCUUACCCUGCGUUUAUACAGUCUACAGACGAUUGGUACAUAACAUCAGCUGGCCUGGUCGCGGCGGAAACCACAAUUGGCAAUAGCAACCGAACUCUAUACGAGUUCAUACAGCCCUUGGGACAGAUAAUGGAAUUCGUGCGAGCAAUGAUCGCAACUCGAUUGGCAACGAGCGGUGCGGAAUGGGUGGACAUAUUCCGGAAACACAACAGUGGCACUUACAACAACCAAUGGUACAUAGUUGACUACAAAAAGUUUAAAAGGAAAACUAAGACAAGUGAAGGUAAAGUGGAAGCCGGUCUUUUAUGGGUUCUUGAACAGUUGCCUGGAUUUACAGAAGCGGCUGAUCUUACAGAUGAAUUAAAAAGAACCACAUACUUUCCAUCAUAUAACAUCCCCUACUUCCCACGAAUGUUUAACUUGAGUGGUGGGAAUGAGCGCAUCGCUACUUUUGGCGAAUGGUUCGGAUAUCACACUAACCCUAGGGCGAAGAUAUUUCGAAACAAACAGUCGGCCAUAACAUCGCUCAGUGACAUGUUUCGUACGAUGCGUUAUAACGACUACAAACACGACCCUCUAUCGCACUGUGCCACUUGCCAUCCGCCGUACAGCGCCUGCAAUGCUAUUUCAGCACGAAACGACCUAAAUCCAGCCAAUGGAACUUAUCCGUUUCGAGCCUUAGGCCACCGUAGCCAUGGUGGCACAGAUGUAAAAGUCACCAAUUCCGAGAUGGCGCAAAAUUACCACUUCCUUAGCGUAUCGGGACCCACCCAUAAUAUCUCAAGAGGGAUACCACCUUUCCAGUGGAGUACAUUUGACAUGGGUACAGAGGUAUUUCACGAAGGUCAUCCAGAUGUGUGGCUAUUUCCCCCUCUUAUUCAUCACUGGCAAUGGGGGUAG